UGAAAUAGAAGUAUUUAUCUGCAUUCAACAUGUUUGGCUUUUCAAAGCCAAUGUUUGCUCGGGGAUAUGCGUGGGUGUGGAUUAUGUACAGAUAUGAUUCAGAUGCUUAGCUGAAAGUUACUUUAUAUAUUACUUUCCAUUUUAACGAAAUAUUUACAUCGAAACAGAUUAUUGCAAGCUUCUGUUACCGUCAAAACAGACAUAAACGAUUUAUGGAGCUAGAAAUGAACACAUUUCAGGAAUGCCAAUAAUGUAAGACUUGGAUACACUUAAUAUUUCUGCUGGAUGCUUUUAGUUUGUUAUUUAUGAUCGAUACGUUACGAUGGAAACAAAUCAGUGCCUAUCUCAAUAUUUGCACUGAUAGCCAUAAAUAUUCUGUGAGGCUCCUGUAAAUACAGAAAAUACAGAUUUUCGAUGUAUAUGUGUAAAAAAAGUUGGACAUCACGAAAGGGUACAUAAGUUGUAGCGAGUGGCAAUACAAAAGACUAAAUGUAUUUUACGCAAGGAUGGAAAAUAAUUAUUGUAAUGUUUGAAACAUAGCUAUAUAUGUAAACAGUUUAUCGAAGAACGUACAUUCACUGAAUUGAACUCAUGAAAAAGCAUAAGAAGCCUCAGAAUAUCAUGAAUUUUACAUGAUAAAGUGAAGCAAAGUAAUAAUAUAUAUCAUACACACCAUAAACCUAUUCAUAUCAGCCGUAUUUCCGAAGUAUUGCAGGGUUCAAUCCGACUUUUUAUGGUAUAUAUAUAUGACAUUCUACUGGAAAAAUGUUAAUGCAUAACCAAGAUGGUAAAUUUGCAAACAGCGAACAUACUACUUUUCAAGAUACAAUGUCACUUUUGUGAUAUCAACAGAGAAAAAAACCCACAAACCAUCUGCCUAACGACAGAUACCAGUAAAUGAAAUGUAAAGCAUGUCCAUCCCUAUUACAUCUUACGUUAUGUAUUAUACCAACGUUCAGCUAAUCAUGUCUGUGUAUUGGUUUUCUGUAUAGAGCUAUUUGUAAAACAGGCACGAAAGACAUUUGCCACACAACCGAAUGACCAAAACUGGCAUUAUUCUAUAACACUGAGAUGAGCUCUAAUGGAAUUCUUUGACUUAAUAGCUUGCACGGAAAUGUAGAAUCUUUCCUCCUAAAGAGAUAUGUUACUGCCUGAACAAUUCAGACAUGGUACUUUUUCCAGGGGGAAUUGUACAACGGAAUUAUUUCGCCUUUCCUUUCUCAGAUAGAAAUACACAAAUGUCUGUUAUUGAUCUACAAAACGACGUUUAGAAAGUCGCCGGAGAGGAAUAUUAAGCGUAUACAAUCUCUUUCAUGUGCUUGUAGAAGUUCUUAAAUAUUCAGGAAUAUAUCGACUUAUAACAAUUUGAAACAGUAUGGUUUUAAUUGAUUUUAUCUAAAAGCAACUCAUAACGAGUAAUGUGUUUACAAUUCGCAUUGGAUGGAAUUCUCAGAUGUUAAAUCCCAAGUUAUGUGAAGCACAUGUUCGCUUACAUUUUACUGAAAGUGUAAUAUCAUGGAAUAUUUCAGGAAUAGCAGGAAUAUUUCAUACAUAUAAGCACUGAGAUUUAAAAAUCCAAUACGUGUUUGAAACUGCAUAAGAGUGAAAUGCAAACGGCUUGAUAAAGCUGUUACUAUGCGUUAACAGCUGUCAUAAAAGAACACGGAAAACAACAUAAAUCAAGAAAACGCUACCAAUAUCUUCAAACGGUGUGAAGCUAAGACUUUAAUACGUCUGUGUUUGAAAUAAAAACAAAGACACAAAAGCUUUUGUAUUUAUCCGGGGCAAAGGUUUGAUCUCCAUGACAGAGAAAACAACUGUAUAUUUCAUCCUUUACAUUCACUACAAAGGAGGACCGUCACUUCGUUGAUAAGUGUCUGUGUUGCUACGUUAAUAUUUUUUUUUGCAUCAGAAAGAUGAAGAAUUUUCACCAGUCGUUUUUAAAUGUACCAAUGAAAAUGAAAUAGUCUAGCAACAUUUGCUGCAUUAUAACUGGAUAACAUCUUUAUCAACCGUCAGUAUAUAAAGUGCAAUAUAUGACAACAGCAACGUACAUUACGCAAUAACCCUGGUCAAGCGGGUACUUCAGUAAAAUGUGCAUGGUCCCAGAUAAAUGUAAUUGAUAUAUGAAUUGUGAUGUUACGUGAAAGUAAAACAAGAAUAUACAAAUACCUUUACAAAAGGAAAUACUAAAUUAAACGUCUUCUCGUGGAUAUUUGCCUUCAAACACGUGCAAAAGGUAUUCUCUUUGUUAGAGUCACCUGUGUAAACACACAGGAUAAUGUUUCAUAAUCGUCAUGUAUGAAAGUGAUUUCUUCGACUUAUUUCCAGUUUUUGUCAACAUUCUUGGCAGUUAUAAUCUUCAAAUUACUGAAAACUGAUUUUAAAUGUUAUUAGGUGUUCAUGGAAACUAUCAAUAUCAGCCGGUUUUUUCCGUUGGAGUUUUGUCACCAAUCAUUUCAUCAAAUAACACGUGACAUUUAUGAAUUUGAAUACCAGCAGAUUAGCACAUAUCAAUGGUGUAAUCCACCAAACAAACACAUUUCCAAGUGUAUGCUAGCAUAGUUUAAGAGAUAUUUUUCCUUUUGGUAUCUUGGACGUAAAUAGAGGACUUAAACAAAAAACUGCUGGUUGUGAGUAAAAAUAUGAACCACACAAUUUCGUACUGUAUAAAUCAUUUAUCAGCAUAUUUGUGGUUUGUAGUCAACAACCUCCUCUGUGGUGCGUAAAGCAAGGCAGCUUCAUGACCGUUGGAUUGUUAGGUAUGCUCUGUAGUCUUCCAUCCCAACCCCUCGAGCCGGGGUCCAUAAUUGAUCUAGAAAAGGUGAUCACAGAAUACGCUUGGCGGGAACUAAAACGCGAUCUUAAGUGGUACGAUUGUGUGAAGAGAGUAGAUUUUUCAUUUGACGUUUCUUGGAAUUUUUUCGAGUUUGACCACAAAACUACCAGGUUUCAGUUAAGAUCAGGUAGUACAGACGGCAGUUAUAGGGAAAAGAAACAAGUGGAAUUAUUUAGAACUGAUUUUACGAACAACACAAAUAAAGACCAGGUAUAUAAACUUCGCACACAACGACAAACAAAGGCAGCGACUGCAGUUGCUAUUCAAAAAGGCUUCACAUUAAAGGGAAACUGUAAUUUCAAACUUAAAAUUCCUCCUGAAAUCGGACAUUUUGGUGUGAGUGCCAGUGCUGAUGGCUACUUAAGAGUAUGUCGACCACGUGGUGAAACGUUCGAAGACACCUUUACAUGGCAAGUUGACAGUGAUGUAACAGUGGAAUCAAAUCAUGUGACAAAUGCAAGAUUACUAGUGGCAGAAGAUGAAUUAGUAGCCGACUUUGAAGUGCGCACGUUAAUGCGUAUGCCAACAGGUGAAGCGCCAAUUAUAGUUAAAAGAAAAAGCAACAAGGAAAUAUAUGCCGUUAUGAUGAUAUCAGAUCUACGUGACGUGUUUGCUGACAUUGACUGCAAAAUAAUUAAUAUUGGCAAGACUGAAAAGUCGGAAAGCGACGGGAAAAGACCUCAAUCUAGAUACGCGAUAGAAUUUAUAACACAUGGGAUAUUAGAAAGUGUAAGAUGGCGAAAUCAGAAAAUAUGUCUACAGUCAUAUCCUAUUAGAGACCUUCAUAUAAGAAAAUGUGAUGGGGCCACCAUGGUCCCUGAUGACCAGUCACCCCCACAGGGAGCUAGCUAUUCUAGCUCUGUGUUUAGUAAAGUACUGGAACACGCCUUAGCAGAUAGUGCCGAGGAAUUGAGGGCGGAAAGAGAAGAUGAUAAAGGUGCAAGGGCUAAAAAGGAUCUCCGUUUCAAUAUUAUUCCUACAGUUAUAAGUGAACCAGAGGAAACGUAUGAUUCUCCUGAAAAGGUAUUAUCUACUCUUAUAAGAGAGAGUAUGAGUUUAACAGGAUCUCCUUCUCGAUCUGUUCAGAGACAACCGCAAAUACAACGCCAAGCGCAUGCUACAUCAAGAAUACCAGAACUUACUGAAGAACCUGUAAUACGACCGAUUAUAAUCACUCAAAAAGAAACACCCAAAGUGCAAGAGCCGCAGGCUCAAGAACUGCCCUCAUAUAAAUCAUGUGACGCCGGUGUGUUUAAGACAAGAGACUUUCAAGAGCAGCCAAACAUAUCACAACAAUAUAGCCUACAGGAGCAUCAAUACAAAUCUCAAGUUGAGCAUUUCUACCUCCGGUCAGGGGCAGGGGAACAAGCAAUUGCUUAUAGGCCGAUGUCAAGGGACAUAACUAAAAUUGCAGAAGAACCGGAAAGGGAACAAGCUGCAUCUAUGAGUAAACAAAGCAGUGUUCAAUCCGAUGUUCAGUCAGAAGGAACAUUAGAUGAUGCCACGGAGUCAUUAGAUUCUGGCGACUCUCGUCGGGUAUCAAAAGUUACCAGUGUUUGAAGUUUCUUAGAAAUAGGAAUUUAAUCUAGUUUUCCAACUUUAUGAAUUUUAGGGAUAUUUAUCUACAUGAGUUUUUAUUGACAACAUUGAAUAUAUAUUUUCGUCAGAUUCUCAGGAGUAUUUAGGAGAUAUACUCGAUAUUAUACAAUCACGGAAGCCGAAACAGCGUCCGCAAACAGCAACGUUCUGAGCCAGAACGUCAGACGUUAAACGUUAAAGGGCCAGCAAUUCCAUUCUCUAUAAUAGUUCUAAAUCAUCUACACUACCGAAACUUUGAAAAGGGUUUAACUUUCGUGGAAUUGUUUAAAAAGUACAUUAAAACCUAUUUCAACUUAAAAUAAGUUUAAAAAGGAAAUUAGAUAAAACUUCGAACGUUGGUGAAUACGGAUCUAGGGCUAGCCACUUCUCGUGUAUUAUAGAUUGACAACUGUGUUAAAUAGUUUGUUAUUUUCAAAUACUUGUUGUCAUGUGUUGGAAUAUAAAACAUUUUCAUUCAUUUUAUCCUAACAUGUUACUAUUUCAAACUGCGUUUUAUGAAUAUUUAUAUAUAUAUAGCACGAUGAAAUAUAGUUUAACACUUGUAUAUACCCAGACGUUUAUGUCUAAGUUCUAAAACAUUUAUUACUUAGUAUAUAAUAUGUCCCUUAAUUAUAGAGAUUAUUUUAGAAUAAAUUAUUACUUCUUAGUGUUACAGUAAUUAUCGUAAUUUGCUUUUAAGUCUGCGUUUUUUCUAUUUUUCAAAAAGUUUGAUAUGAGCACUUUUUUCUGUCCAGGGAUAUCAUUUGUUUAGUUGAUUUCCUUUGUAAGGUAAAUGCAACAUCAGAAAUUUUAAGGACAUUUCACACUUUUUCAUGGCAUAACAUGGUCUUACAGUUUAUAACUGUUUUCUUUUACCUGUUCUUAAACAACCUGUUUAUGUUGUUAAGGGUUGCUACGUGAUAGAGAAAUCUUAAGUUGUGAAGUUAUGUUCUAUAAAGCAUUACAUUUUUUUUUUUGCUAUAUCUAUUUCCGAUAUAGCAAAUUCAUUCAUGAAAUAUUUCUAUCAUUGUAUUCAUUCUUCUAAUCAAAACAGAUAAAAUCAUUUAUACAAUUAAAUUCCGAUACGGAUGUCAUAACUUUU